CCUAGCGCGCGCACAGCCGUUGUGGACACACAUUGCUCGUGUUGUUGUGGUUCCAGUGGUCCACGUGAGCACCGAGCAGCGCUUCUUACUGGCUCGCGCGGGACAAGAGAAGACGAGGAGGCUGUGUCUGUGUCUGUGUACUGUAGUCUCUGACACUAUUACAAAACGGUGAGACCGACCGACGCCAGCUGAAGCUGUCACACACGCGCUAAGCUUUUGGCGUUUUUACCGAGACAGACGGGACGAGGCAUCCUUCAAACCUCCGCAUGCCCGAGGGCGGCGUGUUUCCAGUGUGGAGGGGGAUCGGGGUCGGUAGUGGCGUCGGAGGCGGGUGGAGCCAGGGCUGGGGACGCGGCUUGCGAUGGGAGCCUGCCAGUCCAGGACAAGGGGCCUGGAUCCCGGUAUUUGACUACCCUGUAUGGGGUGUCCUCUGUCGUGGGGGACACGCCAGGCUCAGGGAUGUUUGUCAGAGAGGGAGGAGUGCCAUCAGACUGCCCACAGACAUGCUCAGCAUCAGACUUCCCCAGCUCUUUGACAUCAAUCAGGUCCCCAAGGUGUUCAGGGAGGAUAGCAUCAUCUCUGGAUACCGUCACCCGCGGAGCUCAGCGCUGGACUGCGUCCUCAGCAGCUUCCAGAUGAACAACGAGACGAUCAACAUCUGGACCCACUUCCUGCCAACGUGGUACUUCCUGUGGCGUUUCUGUGUCCUCUGCUCCACUAUGAACUUCCUGACCGACAGCUACACCUGGCCCCUUCUGGUGUACAUGCUGCUCAUCUGCAUUUACCCCUUCACAUCCAGCUGUGCACACACCUUCAGCACCAUGUCCCCAGAGUCUCGCCACAUCUGCUACUUCUUUGACUACGGAGCGCUCAGCCUCUACAGUCUGGGUUGUGCCAUAAGCUACGGAUACUACGUCAUUCCAGACUGCUGGGUGAACAGCUGGUUCCAUCAACACUUUGUCCUCAUUGCCGUUGGAAACACACUGUUCUGUACCAGUCUGUCCUGCUAUUCCAGGUUCCUAGAGCUGCAGUUCCCACAGAGAAGUAAAGUUCUAAGGACAGGAGCGUUUGUCCUUCCUUUUAUAUUUGACACUGUUCCUCUGUUUUACAGGAUCCUCCUCUGCUGUGGGGGAAGCUGCAGCCUGAGCGAUGCCUUGUCCAGUCACUGUUACCACCUCCUCUUUGCCGUACUCACCUGCUUCCUGUUUACCGCCCACCUCCCAGAGAGGUUGGCCCCAGGACGCUUCGACUAUUUUGGCCACAGCCACCAGCUCUUCCACAUCAGCGCUGUGGUGGGUACCCACUUCCAGAUGGAGGGCGUGAUGGCAGACAUGACGUCACGGCGGGCGUGGCUCCUGGCCCGCGGAGCGAUGCCCUCCUUCCUGGGGACCGUCGGGGUGCUGGUCGCCAGCCUCGUCCUCAACCUGGGAAUCAUCGGCAUUUUCAGCGCCCCGCUGCUGUGGAAACCCUGCCACAGCUCCAGCCAGCCGCACACAUCGAGACGCGAGUGCAAGGAGAAGUGAGGGCGUAUUUUCCACCAACCAACAGCCACAAAAUGUCUGAUUCACUUUCCAAAGGAAAGGUUUGGGCUGUUUGUCUGUCUCAGCGGUGUGUGUUUGAGAUGACUAUUAACAGUUCACGGUAGUGCUUGUUUAAUACCAAUAGUUUUAUAAUUCAGAGAUAAAGAUUUUGAUGCAUCAUGUUCAGUGCUAAAGGAUUUCCCUAACACAGUUAUACACCUGAAGUAUUUGUCCAUGUGUUUUCUCAGCGCCUAAGGACCCAGAUGCAUUCAUUGAAGCCUUUUUCUGAUGUUGCAUUAAGCUCGUAUGUGAGAAAACAAUGUCUACCGUGUACAAAAUGUCUGUUUAAUUUAUUUUUAAAGAUCCUCAAAGUGCAUUUAUUGUAGACCCACACUUCAUAUACGAUGUUUACAGUAGAUCACUACAAGUUUAAAUCUCAAACUGGAAACAUCUAAUGUUGCAGUGGCAGGGAUUAUAUUCUGAAUUAAUGCUUUUUUUUUUUUUUUUUUUUUUUUUUUUUGCAUGUUCUGGGCCAGAAUCUCCUUUACUUUAUUAAGGAUUUAUUGAAUGUUUUUUUUAACUGGAAUACUGGUUAGUGUGGUUGUUCUAUGUAUAAAGUAGACAACCCUCAUGUAACUCUACAUAAUAUAAUGCAGAUUGUGCUGCCGGCUCUUAUAUAUCCACCUAUUGAUUCCACUCCGCACGGCCCGGAAUUGAUUUGCAGGUCCUGUGGUUCUUUUUUUUUACUGAUUGCCUGGCUUAUUAUGAACCCCACAAUCUGCCCUCAACAUUAAAAAAAAGAAAUGUUACAGCGCGGCAGUGAUUAAAAGACAGGUACCAUUUUAUACAACAGUACGUUUCCAGGGCAACGAUAGAGUGGCCCUUGGAGGUCUUGAACAAUUUUUCUGUUCUGAGCAUACAGCAUUAUUUUUUUCUUUUUCUACCAUCACGUAUCAUAAUGUAUUAUGUGUCAAAUUUCCAACACCUGCGGUUCAUAGCUAAAUAGUAAAGAAUUUAGAGACCUGGAGAGGUCUAAAAGUACAUAGUUUGGGAUCGUAUUAACAUGGCAGUACUGUAGUUUUGAGGUGCUUUGGUGCAUAUACAGUAAAACAAAGCAGUAACACUCCUUAUACUGUAUACUUUGGUUAUCUUGUUGUCCCAUGAGACUGUUAUUUACCACUGAAAUAAUAAUUAUAUAUUUAUAGAAUCUAUUAUAUGUAUUGCUUGUUUUAGGUGCAUAGGCGGUAAAGAAGAUGAGGGGUUUUUCUUUUUGGAGGAAGUACCAUGGAUUAAGUUACUAUAGUUCUCAAUAAAUGAACACUGCUAUUGAGCUUUGUUUUCUUAAAACAAGUGAAAAAAAAGUACAGACAGAUUAUUUCAAUAGCUCUCCAACUUAAGUCAACUUUUUUUACCUGUCUGUAUUGGAACUGAAAUGAUUAGUUUAUUAAUCGAUUAGUUGACUGACAGAAAUAUUUUGAUAUUGGAUUAAUCAUUUGAGUAAAUUUUUAGGCAAAAAUGCCAAACUUUUUAAAUGUGCAUAUUUUUCUGCCUUUCUCUCUUUUUUUAAUUCAUUGUAAAUUCAAUAUCUGAGGUUUUGGCCUUCUUCGAUAAAAUACGGGAAACAAUGAUGGGCAUUUUUCCUUUUUUAUAUAUUUUGUAUAGACGAAACAAUUGAUUAAUUAAGAGGAAAAUGGCAGAUUAAUAGAUAAUAAAAUUGCAGACAAUUCUGAAAAACCGGUUCAAUUCAAAUGAUCUAAUUCACUUGUUUUAAGUAAAUAAAAUUACAAAUGAAUUGAUAAAUUGAAUAAAUUAGACCAUUCAAUAAUAUAUAUAAAGCCAUAGCAGUAGGCUACUGUGUAUGCAGCCUAUGUUUCGGAGACUUGACAAAGAAGAAUUGCCUUUAUAGGUUUUAAUGGGAGAUAGGGCGUUGCACUACUAAACCUCUCUGUUGAAGCACUGACAUACUGUAGGUACAGAUUUCAACUAGAAUCCUUUUACUUGACAAACGGUUUGAAAGGCUCAUUUAUAUAAAACAAGUUUGAAAGCAUAUAUGGCACAAAUUUACACUUGGCUCCACCACUAACACCAGUAGUUUGAACACACAACUCACAGGAAGCACAUAGCAAACACACACUCACAGGCACUCCCACUCCCACAAAUGUAUUUUAGCUGUGUUAGAGAGUUUUUAGUAAGAGGGGAAAAUGUAUGUGAUAUUAUUGGAUAAUGAGGUGUGGUACAGGUCCACGUUGGAUCCUGAAGUAGAAAUGUCAGACACAGAGGGAAUGUGUAGAAUCACAAAGAGCACACACACACGCGCACGCACACACACUUUGCAUCAGAGCAGGGGAGUUGUUUAAGAUGUUUUCAAGGUUAGUGUGCAGAGUAUAAAAGUCACUUCAGUCUUUAUCGAAAUGGAGCAGUAAUUUCCCUAAAUGUUUCUGUAUUAUCUCUUUUUUUUUUUUUUUUUUUUUUCUUUCUUUUUUCUCUCUCUCCAGUCAUCUUACAGCAUUCCUCUGUUUGACCCGGUUGAUUCUUGGAUUUGCAUCAUUACUGGCUUCUUUUGUGGUUCUUUGAAAUCAUUUUUUUCUGUUUUUGUUCUACUAUCAUCUCAUUCAUUCUCAGCCAUUUGGUGCCUUCAACUAGCAGUUGGACGGUUAUGAAGCUCAGAGAUGCUGAUCGCCGAGGCUUCCACAUCAAAUAGAUGCUGAUGUCGCUUUUCUGUAUUGUAUUUUUACAAUUAUUUUUGACCAAAUUAUUAUUUUCAAGCCCAGAUAUUCUCCAUACCAGAUCCCUGUUACUUUGAAAGCUACUUUUCAUAUAAACCAUGUUGGUUUACUCCUCAGUGGACAAGCAGAUUCAGGUUGUAAUUAUCAGGAAAACUGGGCACUUUUCUCAUAAAGCCUUUAAAAAAAACAGAAAGUGUAUUGAAGGAUGUUUUGAAAAUAUGAAAUAGAGAGCAAAAACGAGUGCGGGAUGAACCAUUCGAUACAACAAGAAUACAAAACAGGGUUGGGUGCCUUUUUUAUGUUUUAUACAACCUUUCUUUUGAUAUAAUGCUUGGUUUGUUCCUUGUCUUUAAAAAAUAAAAAAAUUAAAAA